GUGAUUGCGUUUUGCGCUCUGUUCGUCUGGCGCCACUCGGGAAAACUCCGAUGGAAUACUCCAAAGACGAACGAACGGUGCCGGAGUGGUUGAACGAUGCGUUUUUCCUGGACGUAAUCCGCGAAUAUACGCGCAACGAUCGCGCUCAACUUUGUCACGGCUGUAAACUGCGACCGGGGACGAAACCGGGGGAACAUUUUGCCAGCGUUAUGUACCGAACGACUAUACAUUAUCGUACCGGUGGUAACCGUGGCAGGGAAGCAUCACUGGAUGUGAUCAUGAAGAUCAAACCGUUUCAGGGUGGAUUGAAAAAGGAAAUGCUCGAAGAUAGCGACGUGUUUGUGAAGGAAAUGUACGUGUACAGUAAGGUGUUACCGGAAAUGGCGAGAAGAUUGGGUGCGAUCGGUGAGACGCUCAACUUUCCAAGGCUCAUCUACGCUUCCGUCAAACCACACACCAUACUCAUUCUGGAGGAUGUGACUGGAAAGGGUUGGCGCACCGGACAGUACAUAACAACAUUCGAGGAGGUGAUACCAUCGGUCAAAGCUAUCGCCAAAUUUCAUGCCGCUUCGGUAGUGAUUGAGCGGGAUGAUCCUACUUUUAGCGUGGAAAAUCAAUGUAACAUUGCCAAUCAGCUGCGCGCUCUCGACGAGAUGACUAAGAAAAGUAUCGAUAAUUUGCUUGAAGUGAUGCGCGGCCACCCGGAGUUUGCUUCGUUGAUUAAACCGGUUGAAAAGCUGAAAACAACACUGCUCGAGACGCUGAUCGAGAGCUACAGUCCUUCGGCCAACUGUUUAAACGUAGUUGUUCAUGGAGAUUUUCAUUCAAAAAAUUUAUUGCAUCAGUUCAGCGCAGACGGCCGAUUGCUCGAUACGAUGCUGAUAGACUAUCAGAUCUGUAGCUGGACAACGCCGGCAGUGGAUGUGCAUUACCUGCUGGACACCAUCGUCGAUCAAUCGCUCAAGGAGACACACCGUGAUAAGAUAGUCUGUCUGUACUACGAGGAGUUUUGCCGGUUGCUGGUUCGCUUAGGUUACAUCGGCCAUAUACCGGGGCUGAUAGAAUUGCAAAUAGAGCUUUUGCGUAAGGGAGCGCAGGAGUUGUUUCACUAUAUAACGCUCUAUCCUUUUCGAUUCAUCGAUCGCGCAAAAAUUAACUUUGAGGAGCUGCUGUCUGGAAAGGCUAGCAAUCCAGCCGCGCAUAGCGAGACCUACAGGCGUGUAAUGAAGACGGUGCUGCUACGGUUUCUCCAGCAAGGUGUGAUGACAUCUUAGCCAAACGCUGCACAUACAUGUGAAACCAAUAUUGACCGUUACACGGUACGGCUCCAAUGUGAUUGGCUAAAUUCUUAUCAGAAAGGGUUGUAGCUAAUGCGGGUGUUUAAAGAAAAGAAGGAAAAUUUGGAAACAAAAAUCCAAACGAGAAAUGUUUUCCAAUUCAUUUGAGCAACGAAGCUUUAUAAAAUAAAAUUCAAAUUAUGUAA